AUGGCACUCCAACCAUGCAAAAUAUUAUCUUUGAUUUCUCCCAAUUAGUUUUUGAUACAAACCUAAUAACAAAAGACAAUUAUUGUUGGAAACGGAAUUCCUAAUUUUUUAACAAGAUCCAAAACAAAUAUUAAUCAAAAGGCUAUAGAUGUGUACUUUUAAUAAUUGAGAUUCGUCAAUAAGGAAGCAUUGUACAUUACUAAAGCUAACUAAUUAUAAAUAAAUGGAGCAGAAUUAUAAUAGGACAUUCCAGAUGAAACAGAAAUUCAUUUAAAACUCAUUGGUGUUUAAAAUGAGAAUCCAAAUUAAACACAAUAAGUUCAAGAUUUUAUCAAAUAACAUAGGAAUAAAUCCUUAGAUGCCAUCCUAGUCUCUUUCGAAGGAAAUAUUUUAAAUUUCCUCUAUAAUAAGGAGACAUUGAUAAGUUUAAUUCCUAGUGCUAUUUAUAUAGAUGAAUUUGCAAUUUAAGAUUCAGGAUACUCCAAAAUUAUGUAGAAGGAAUGGCUUAAUAAAGAGUUUACCAUAACUUUCAAAGGAACUUAAAUUAUGACUGUCAUUCAUGAAAGAAAUUCAAUUAACUUUCCAAUUCUAAAAGCUGACUUAUAUCUUUCAAGUUAAUAAAAUAAUGAAUUAAGUAAUGAAUUCUACAUUUCCUUAAUUUCAAAUGGAUAUGCAUUUAUUACUGAUUGGGGCAAAUUGAAUUUAUCUUAAAAUUCUUUUCAAUUAUUGUUUUAGAGCUAAGAGGAAGCUAAAAAAAAUAAUUUGGGACUUUGGAAGAAUGGAGAAUUAGAUAGAAGGAUGCUCAAUUCAGUUAGUUCUUAAACUAUUGGAUAAAUUGUCGAAAUAGUAGAGGCUAAUUAAUAUAUAGUUAAAACUGAUAAGGAAAUAUUGACAAUAAAAUUAGAUAGGAUUUUCAUUGAAGGAUUAGAAGCCAAAGAAUUUGCUAGGAAAUUACUAAUAGGAAAGCAAGUUCAUAUUCUAUAAGUAGGAGAUAACAUACCACUUCAAACCAUAUAACUGUGCGAUAACAAUUUAGAUAUAGAGGAUGAACUUAUUGCCAAUGGAUGGGCAACACCUAAGGAGAACCAUCCUUAGUUAUCAAAGUUUAAAUUUCAGCAAUUUUAAUAAAUGAAUCUAUUGGCUAAAUAGAAGAAACUUGGAUAGUAUAGUCCAGAACUGACUUGGAGAAUUGAAGAUUAAACAGAUUAGAAAUAGGGAAAGAGUGUUAACGAAAUAAUUUGGUCUAGUAUUCAGAGAGAUAAAUAAAGUUCAAAAUAAUCAGGCAUGAAUACUGGUAUUACAAUCAAAGAUGAUAAUUAACUUGAAGUAUUGAUAGAUAAAAUAUUGCCUAAUGGAAACUUUGUUGUAACGAUAUUAAAGUAUCAUUCAAUGGUUAACUUUACCAUAUCUGGAAUAGCUAUGCUAUCUGAAUUUGCAACAAGUUUUCCAAAUGUUACCAAAUAUGAAGAGAAAAAAUAAUAAUUUAUUUAUAAUAUUUUAAUACAAAGAAAUGCUUGGAUUCAUUUUGAAAGUUUUAAUAUUUUGGAGAAUAUGUUUUAUGGAAAGAUUUAUGAGAAGAAAAAUAAUAAAGAUUCCGAUUUCACUUUAUAAUUGCUUAAAGAAGGAUUAACAUUUAUCAAGAAUAAUACUGAUUUUUAUAGUAAAUAUGAGGAUGCUUAAAAAGAGGCAGAGAAACUUAAGAAAGGAUUUUGGAAUGAAUCCUACGCUUAAUUUAUAAUAGACUUUUCACAAAAUAAAUAAACUUUAAAGAAACAAAUAAGUAAUUAGGGAAACAUAUAAAAAAAUGAGAAUUAGCAAAUCUAAAAAGUCACUGUCACUGCUGUUAAUGAUUGUCAUGAAUUUUACCUCAGAAAAGAAAACAAUCCUGAGUUUGAAGAACUAGAAAUUCAAAUUGAAAAAGCAGCUUUGAUUCCUCUCAAGAAACCAGUAAAGAAAGGGACCUUGUGUUUAGCAAGAUUUUCUGAAGACAAUAGAAUUUACAGAGCUCAGGUAUUGCAAGCCUUUAAGAAUGAUAAAUUCUUAAUCAAAUUUAUAGAUUAUGGCAAUAAUGAUGAAGUCAGCUAUCAAGAUAUGGGAGUAUUGCCUGCUUAAUUUACAAAUGUUCCUUAAUAGGCUAAAAUGUGUUCCUUAGCUUAUUUGAGAGUUCCUCCAUCAACACAUGAAUAUGCAGAAGAGGCAUCUGAUUUAUUUAGGGAAUUGCUACUUGAUUAAUAAUUUGAUUCUAAAGUUGCAUAUACUGAGAAAUCAUCCAAUAGAUAAUUUGUAACUCUUUAGCCAUAAGACUAACCAGAUGAAUUAUAGUUCACAAUUAAUAAAAUUGUAUUAGAAAAAGGGUUAGGAAGAAUAGAUGAUAGAGUCUUAUACAAUCCUUUGAAAGAGUUCAAAAAUUAUGAAAUUGAAGCAAAAGGUAAUGGAAUUGGAAUUUGGGGAUUCGAUGAUUGUUUAGAGGAUGAAAAAUAAUUUGAAGACGAGUAUGACUUUUAUGAUUGA